AUGUAUAACUCAGCUCCAGAUACUCCGUCGCCUGUUUAUCCGGACAGGCUCAUUCGGCCCCUUCCUAAACGGACCCUACGGUCUCGGUUAUCGCCCGAGGCUGCCGACUCAAUCCUCUACCCUCCCGCACCCCCAGCGACCCAACUCUUCUACGGAACCUCUGCGGACCAUGGAGAGGUUGUUAAUGACAGCAAAGUCUACGUGCAACAAAGUCUAGACACGGACGCGCAUGAUCAUAUUGCGGAGCGAGAAACACACCACACCUAUGAAAACAGCCUCGAUCUAGAGAGCGGUGACGAGGACGGUCCGGUUGUGGUUCGUCGAAGCGCCGGUUUUCGCGGGUCGUCUCUCUCGCCGUCUGCUGCAAGAAUUCAACCCCAUGCACCUUCUGGCAAGGUAGAAGGAUUACCGAUCAAGUCUCCCUCGACAGGUCCCGACGGAUACGAUGCCUUCGAGAACACUAAUAACAAGAAGAAGCGCAAAAUCCCUACUCCCGGAAAUUUGGGCGGUCAUCAUUCCACACUCUCCCCUGAAUUUGCAAACAUGGGGCUGGCAAGCUCCGCACAGGCGGCGUCAACCACGAUUCACGAAGUAAAUAACGUUGGCACAUAUUAUGGUACCGGCAGCCCCGCGUCUCCUGGACUCGGCGGUAUUUCGGGCCCCGGUAGAGGCCGUCUUGGGCGGCAUCCAUCUCGCAGUGGUCCGUCAAGAAACUCCCUGUCGGUCCAUUCUCAGAUUGGCUGGCCCGCGGCCCGAGCAGCAGGUCGCCGGGAUGGCAUGUUAUCCACGUCGGCACCCGCAGGUGACCCUACAGCAAAAUCCGACCAGGGUAUCAUUUCCGCCGCCAUAGCGAACGCUGCGGCCUUUUCCUCUCCUCCACGAGGCCAGGGGGGUACCAGCUUGCUUGAACAGCAAACAACACCAACCAAGACACAAUUCACCUUCACCUGCGAGUCCGAUUCGUCGAAAGGUAUGGCUUUGCAGUCUCAAAGUCUGUAUCCAGCACCGCAGCGUUCGUCCGCACCGCUCGCAAGUCAAACUCCGCGAGGCAUCUCCACACAAGGAACCCAAACAAGCCCGAGUAUGGCGGCGCACGGCAAUCAACAACCUCAACAUCCUCAUCAGCAAGCCCCUGGUGCCGAGUCACCCGGUACAGGUAAAAAGAAGAGGCGGUCACAGGGGAGCAUCUACGCAUUGGCAGCCCGUCAACGCAAGAUUCAGCAACAGUAUGCUAAUCUCCACCAUCCCCCAAGUCCUGAAGAUAUCUGGAUCUGCGAGUUUUGCGAGUACGAGAGCAUUUUUGGUCGGCCACCCGAGGCCUUAAUCCGGCAAUACGAGAUCAAGGAUCGCAAAGAGCGAAAGCGACUGGCGGAAAAGAAGAGACUGCUUGAAAAGGCCAAGAUGAAGGGCCGCAAGGGCAAGAAGGCCACUAAGAAUGCGGCGAAAAGCGCGGCGGCUCACCAGACGGUAUAUGAUCAAGGAUACGAUCGCGCAUCUGUCGAUCAUUCUUCUGUCGCUGGCCACGGAGCGCAUGACGACGAAUACUUAGGUCAUGAGUACGACGAUGAACCCCUUCCCAUGCCACCGCCUGCACCGCCCAAUUCCUUCAAGUCGCCGCCGGCGCCCGGACAUCUAAUCAAGCCAACGACACCCCCGCCGCAUAUGCAGGCAAGCAUAGAUGCGGCAAGUACUCGACCACCCUGA